AUGGUGACAGGCAUCUGCGACCUCCCGGCGGACUGCCUGGCGCUGGUCGCGUCCCUGACCUCCCCCGGGGACGCGUGCAGGCUGGCGGCCACCGCCAUCGCGCUCCGGGCGGCUGCCGACUCCGACCAGGUCUGGGGGAGCUUCCUCCCGGCGGACUGCACCGACAUCCUCGCGCGGUGUAGUGCUGCCGGUGAUGAGCGCCGCCGGGAAGGAGAAACGAAUAAGGAGCUCUUCUCCCGACUCUGCGACUGCCCCGUCUUUCUCGACGGCGGCAAGCUGUGCUUAUUCGACUUCCUUUUGCCUACUUGUGUGGCUAAUUCUACAAAACAUAUUAUUUAUAAGCGCAACACACCACAACACAGUUCAACUGACCCCCUUUGGGUUCUUGGCAUCAGUGUGCAGCUGCGCUCUAGGGAGAUUCCGCGAGGUGGCGGCUCACUCAUAGAUGUUGUGGGUGACGUGGACGUCAUCAUGAACACCAAGAACCUCUCAGCUUCGAUAGAGGCUAUGUAG